AUGAACAGCUUUGCUAUCUUGGCCGCUUGCAUUCUCCUUUCGUUGAAAGUCAACGCAAAUGUACACAAUACUUACACGGCCCAACCACAAGAACAUCCUUCGUAUUCACUUGCCGCCGCGGGCUACAGUCCCAGCUAUCCUUCCCACGCAGUGCUUCCGACCUCUAAUCCUACCUCAUUCCAGGGUGACAACAGCCAGCUCUUGAAUGCUCCAGAUGGCUAUCUCAAACCUGUUAUUAGCCGCCAUGCUGGUUCCCAACCGGCCUUGGCUCCUGGCGUUUACACUAAACCAGACGGGACAGCUCACUCAGUUCAUCCGGUUCCAAGUCUUCCAGAAGCCGUCCCCGGAGUUAUUGAAUCCAAACAUAACCCAGUCCUUUAUUCGAGUGGAGAGCCCAAGAUUGCUCGAGAAAGUUUAGGACUCCCAGACUAUACUUCAAGUUCCCAUCCAUUUAGGGGUGUCCAAGGCGGACCAGGUUCCCAAGAAUACGGUACACCUGUCCAAUCCACACGAAAUGUCAUAGCCGGUCGAGAUCUUCAGACCAGAACCUAUUGUAUCAUCCCAGCAAGAUGCAGAGCUCCCGUCCACUGCGCACACCCAGCAAGCUGUAGGGCUUUAGCUAGAUACUGUUGGAAGAAAGCAAGCCGAUGUGGUUAUUACUAA